AUGAGCGCUUUUGGACAGCAGCCGUCGAACCCUCAGUCCAGUCCACUUCAGCACCACGGCAGCGCGCAGGACCUCCUGGACAUGGCGGUGUACUGCGACAACCUCAACAACAUGUACCAGCAGAACAUGCACCACCACCACCACCACCACCACCAUCACCAGCACCACGCGCAGAGGUCCUCCUCGCACGCGCCGGGCUACGGGCUCGCCGACUACACGUCGUCCGGCACCAACCCGUACCUGUGGCUCAACAACCCGGCCAUCGGCGCGUCUCCGUACCUGCCUGGGGCGUCCAACGGCGGCGGCCCGCCCUACAUGGCCCCGACGGGAUCAUACGGCUCCAACCAGACUAGGCAGUUCCUUCCUGCGCCCGCCGGCUUCGGGAGCGCGGAUCUCGGGUGGCUCUCGCUCUCGAGCCAGCAGGAGCUCUUCAAGAUGGUGAGACCCCCGUACUCGUACUCGGCCCUCAUAGCCAUGGCCAUCCAGAACGCGCAGGACAAGAAGCUCACGCUCAGCCAGAUCUACCAGUACGUGGCCGAGAACUUCCCCUUCUACAAGAAGAGCAAAGCCGGCUGGCAGAACUCGAUCCGCCACAACCUGUCGCUCAACGACUGCUUCAAGAAGGUGGCGCGCGACGAGGACGACCCUGGGAAGGGCAACUACUGGACGCUGGACCCGAACUGCGAGAAGAUGUUCGAUAACGGCAAUUUCCGAAGGAAGAGGAAGCGCCGGGCGGACGGCGGUGGCGUCGCCGCGGGGGGUGACGCGCACGUGAAGACCGAGGAGGACUCCGGCAGCGCGCUGAGCUCGCCGCCCCCCAGCCUGCACGGCUCUCCGGGCUCCCGGGAGGGCAAGAGCCCGCCGGCGCCCUCCAUGGAGCACAGCCCCUGCUUCAGCAGCUUCGUGUCCAGCGUGAACUCGGUGCUGUCGGCGCACGGCUCGGGACUCGGCUCGGGACUCGGCUCGGGACUCGGGGCCGAGCUCACACACAGCAGCAGGGACAGUCUGUCCGGAGCCGCGUCCUACUCGCCGAGCGCAGCCGGGCUGCUGGACUCCGACCUGGGCCACCCGGCUCCGAACCGCCUGGGCUUCUUCUCUGGGGGGCAGAGCAGCGUCACCGUGGGGGGGCUCAUGGCGAACCAGUUCUCUGUGAACAACUUAAUAUACAGCCGGGAUGGAACUGAGGUCUAA